CUUUAUACCGUUGUGAAUGAGUUUAUUGGAUGUGAAACGAUAGUUGCGCGCACUAUUCGCUUCUGAUGUUUAUGAAUAUUGAACACACGGCCGGUGGUGUUACCAUAUCCAUAAAGCAAAAGUUUUAUGUACAAAAUUACAAAUAAAGUCCAAGACGAGGUCCAAGAAGUAAAAAAGAAAGAAUCGUUCUAAAUCAAUACAUUAGCCUAAGACAUCGUUGAACUAUAACCGGAGAAGUGGAAUAAAUUUGAUUGAACACAAAUUACCAGUGGAUUGUAAUAAAUUAUGGCAAAAAUUCAAUAAUAAAAACGUAAACGGACAAAGUUGAAAUGUGUGCAUAUUAAUAACAAAUAAUAAAACCCACAAAUGAUUUCUCAUAAAUAACAAUAAAACAACGAGUAAAAGGGAUAAAAAAGAGAAGAAAGAAAAAAAUUGAACACUAAAUUCUUACAAGAGUAUAACGCACAACAUAAAGCGCGCGAGUGAUUUCAAAACAAAAUUAUAUUUUAAGAUGGAUUACUCAACACUCAGAAAUAUAAAAGCUGAGUUGAAAACGCCACAGGAACAUGUUGCCGACGGUAUUGAUUUAUCGAAUAAUUAUGCUAAUGAUAACGAUCAACGAAAAUUUUAUUCAAAAUAUUUAAACAAUCACAAAAUCAAUAACAACUGUGCCAGCGAUUGUGAUGAAGAUCAGAAAAAUGUGACUGACCUGGCCAAACAGACCAAAAUCAAAUUGAAUUUCAGUGUUGAUAGAAUUCUGGGCAAUAGCCAUGUGGAUCAUUGCAGUGAUGGCUGUUCCAACGACAAAGCGGUCGUGGAUCGAAAUGGAAUGUUUGCAGAUAAAUUCAAUCAGAAUUGUUUGGACUGUAGCACCGUGCCGAAUAUUCCGUCAGCAGUGAACAGUCCGUAUUUUUCGGUACCAUUUUCGAUGGCAGCUUUACUAAAUUUGAAUAAAUCAAUCGUUCGACCGAUGCCAGUGAGAUAUAUGACCCGGUCACCCACAGUUCAUUCAACAUCAAACAUACCCUCCCAAUCACCAUUCGUUAAAUUUCACCAGCACAAUACCAAUUCAUCGCAUCAACAGUGCACUUACAGCAAUGGAAAACCACAAACCAAUCCGAACAGCCUACAACGUCCGCACAUAUCGAUGGCAGACAAUCAAACAAUGCAAACGAAUAGUGGAAAUUCGAAGCGAAAGCGUUCGUGGUCCCGUGCAGUUUUCAGCCAACUGCAACGGAAAGGUCUGGAAAUCCAAUUUCAAAUUCAAAAGUACAUCACAAAACCAGAUCGACGAAAACUGGCUGCACGGUUAGGUCUAACGGAUGCACAGGUGAAGGUUUGGUUUCAGAAUCGUCGAAUGAAAUGGCGACACACCAGAGAAGCAAAAUUGAAUCAAGAUAAAUCGGCAAACGGUUCGAAGAAGUGCGAGGAUCAACUUAAUGACAAUGAGACCAGUAGCAGCAGCGAUGAGGACGAAAUCGAUGUAGUUGCUGAAUGACAUUCUUCUGCGUAUUACUAACGACCCACCUUACUCAUUACAUGUUCUAAUUGUAACAGAAAAGUUACGAAGAAAUUAAAACGAAAAAAUUGUUAUAUUCAGCGUCAUUGUUUCUCUUGGUUCCAU